AUCCGGGCAACUGAGCGCUCGGGGCCUUUUCAAAUCGGGAUCCGUUACCGCUUUCCCAGCCGCCGCCAUUGUGGCGCUCGGAGCCCCUCAACGCAGGCGGCGGCCGUGGCGGCGGGAUGGCCGACGCCGACAAGCCCGAGGUGCUUAGGGCAGCUGGCGACGACAGCCCGCAUCGGCAGCCCGCGGAGCCGCCGGGCGAACCCCGGCGAGAACCUCACCCGCCCGAGCAGGAGAAACAGCCGCCGCAGCACAGCAGCAGCUCCAAUGGCGUUAAAAUGGAGAAUGAUGAAUCACUCAAAGAAGAGAAAUCUGAAUUAAAAGAAAAAUCUACAGGAAAUAAGAAAGCCAACAGAUUUCAUCCUUAUUCAAAAGACAAGAAUUCAGGCACUGGAGAAAAGAAGGGUCCAAAUCGUAACAGAGUUUUUAUUAGCAACAUCCCAUAUGACAUGAAAUGGCAAGCCAUUAAAGAUCUAAUGAGAGAAAAAGUUGGUGAGGUUACAUACGUGGAGCUCUUUAAGGAUGCGGAAGGAAAAUCAAGGGGUUGUGGUGUGGUUGAAUUCAAAGAUGAAGAAUUUGUCAAGAAAGCACUAGAAACUAUGAACAAAUAUGAUCUUAGCGGAAGACCUUUGAAUAUCAAAGAGGAUCCUGAUGGAGAAAAUGCUCGUAGGGCACUGCAACGAACAGGAGGAUCAUUUCCAGGAGGACAUGUACCCGACAUGGGAUCGGGAUUGAUGAAUUUACCACCUUCCAUUCUCAAUAAUCCAAACAUUCCUCCUGAGGUUAUCAGUAAUUUGCAGGCUGGUAGACUUGGUUCCACAAUUUUUGUUGCUAAUCUUGACUUCAAAGUUGGUUGGAAGAAGCUAAAGGAAGUGUUCAGCAUAGCUGGAACUGUAAAGCGGGCAGAUAUUAAAGAAGACAAAGAUGGCAAGAGCAGAGGAAUGGGCACAGUCACUUUUGAACAAGCAAUUGAAGCAGUUCAAGCAAUUUCUAUGUUCAAUGGGCAGUUUUUGUUUGAUAGACCUAUGCAUGUGAAAAUGGAUGACAAGUCUGUCCCUCAUGAAGACUACCGUUCACAUGAUAGUAAAACACCACAAUUACCACGUGGUCUUGGAGGCAUUGGAAUGGGACUUGGUCCAGGUGGACAGCCUAUUAGUGCCAGCCAGUUGAACAUAGGUGGUGUAAUGGGAAAUUUAGGUCCAAGUGGUAUGGGAAUGGAUGGUCCAGGUUUUGGAGGAAUGAAUAGAAUUGGAGGAGGAAUUGGGUUUGGUGGUUUGGAAGCAGUGAGUAGCAUGGGAGGAUUUGGAGGAGUUGGUCGAAUGGGAGAGCUAUACCGUGGUGCGAUGACUAGUAGCAUGGAGAGAGAUUUUGGACGUGGUGAUAUUGGAAUAAAUCGAGGCUUUGGAGAUUCCUUUGGUAGACUUGGCAGUGCAAUGAUUGGAGGGUUUGCAGGAAGAAUAGGAGCUUCUAACAUGGGUCCAGUAGGAUCUGGAAUAAGUGGUGGAAUGGGUGGCAUGAACAGUGUGACUGGAGGAAUGGGGAUGGGACUGGAUCGGAUGAGUUCCAGCUUUGAUAGAAUGGGACCGGGUAUAGGAGCUAUACUGGAAAGGAGCAUCGAUAUGGAUCGAGGAUUUUUAUCGGGUCCUAUGGGAAGCGGAAUGAGAGACAGAAUAGGCUCCAAAGGCAACCAGAUAUUUGUCAGAAAUCUGCCUUUUGACUUGACUUGGCAGAAACUAAAAGAGAAAUUCAGUCAGUGUGGUCAUGUAAUGUUUGCAGAAAUAAAAAUGGAGAAUGGAAAGUCAAAAGGUUGUGGAACGGUCAGAUUUGACUCCCCAGAAUCAGCUGAAAAAGCCUGCAGAAUAAUGAAUGGCAUAAAAAUCAGUGGCAGAGAAAUUGAUGUUCGCUUGGAUCGUAAUGCAUAGUUUGAAA